UUGAAACGGAAGACCAGAAACCAUCGAAGAGUGAAUGUCUUUUACUAUUUGCUACCAUGGGUAUCUCCCGAGACCAUUGGCAUAAGAGGAGAGCUACYGGUGGRAAGCGYAARCCUCUCAGGAAGAAGAGGAAGUUUGAGUUAGGACGUCCAGCUGCWAAUACWAAACUUGGACCUCAACGUAUUCAUACRGUACGAACACGUGGUGGUAAUAAAAAAUACAGAGCACUUCGUUUGGAUACUGGAAACUUUUCAUGGGGAUCMGAAUGCACCGCUAGGAAGACCAGAGUUAUUGAUGUWGUGUACAAUGCAUCAAACAAUGAAUUAGUUCGUACGAAAACACUCGUCAAAAAUGCUAUAGUAACAAUCGAUGCAACACCCUUCAGACAAUGGUAUGAAAGCCAUUAUGCACUUCCAUUGGGACGAAAACGUGGUGCCAAAUUGACGGAAGCUGAGGAAGAAGUGUUGAAUAAAAAACACUCGAAAAAAACUGAAGCRAAAUACAAAGCAAGGCAACGAUUUGCUAAAGUAGAACCUGCCUUGGAAGAACAGUUUUCAACGGGACGAGUACUCGCUUGCAUAUCCAGUCGACCUGGACAGUGUGGAAGAGCUGACGGUUACAUUCUCGAAGGUAAAGAACUAGAGUUCUACCUGAGAAAAAUUAAGAGUAAGAAAGCAAAAUAAAAAUGUUGAUUUUUAAAUAAAGUAAUCUUCCAAUGAAAAAA